CAACAUGUAUAAAAGGCAGUGGGACUGAGGAGUAGAAACAGAAGACUGACUUAACUGUAGCCUACAGAAGAAAAGCAAUACUUAACUUCCAGCACAGAAGAAUGAUAGAGAGAGCAACUCUAACUCUGGCUCUAGUGUUUCGGUGCCUGCUUGGAGAACAGGGUCUCACUAACGGUGUCAUGGAGAAACAGAUCCUCACAGGAAAAGGACAGAUAGAGGGAGUGGGGUGAGGGUCAGAGAGAAGGAGUGAUGGUGAAAGGGAACAGAGUGGAGUAAGAGAGAGGGAGAGACGGUGGGAGAGAGAGAGUGGGUGCCAGAGGAUGAGGAUGAAUACCAUUCAGGCUGAGAGGAAGGGGGUAGAGGAGGUGUCACUGGAGGCCAGGCUGACAGCUGCUGAGGGUCUCUUAGAAGAGGAGAGAGUCCUGGUGUCUGAGCUGAGAGCUACAAUGGAGAAACAGAGCAUCAUGCUGCAGAGGCUGAGCAUGCAGAGAAGAGGAUUAUUCACAGCACCAGUGAGAGGAGUAUACUUCACUUUCUACAGCCAUGCAGGGGGUGAAUGGAGAAUAGUGUGUGCCUUGUUCAAAAAUGGACAUAGAGUGGUCACUGCUAUGGAUCAUUCCAGUAGAGCGGACAUUGCUGACACAGUGGUGAAUGGAGCUACCCUUCAGCUGAACAGGGGAGAUCAGGUGUACACGCGUCUUGCGGCCAACACACACAUCUUUGACGAUUCACAACGCAAAAGUACAUUUAGUGGCUUCCUGCUUUUCACUGUACAUUACUGAGGUUCUGAAAGGGGCUGUAGACUUAUUGCCUUUUACUGUGAUGACCUUCCUGGCUGUGACCAAGAAGUCAACUCUGAGAAGUAUGAAGCACCAUGAGCAUUGAAGUAUCAUCAAUACUGGUCAAAAGCAAUCUUAAAAAGAGACCCCAGUACAGAUGGUUUCUCUCUUGUACACUCUCUCUCUCUCACACACACACACACACACACACACACACACACACACACACACACACACACACACACACACACACACACACACACACACACACACACACACUUUUUCUCAUAUAAACUUCCGUCGUACUUUGUACUUGAUAUAUAUUUUCUUAGUGACUACUCCAACAAUUAUCAUCAAUUGUCUCUAAUUAUCUCGUUAACUUUAUCUUAAUCAGCACUAAUGAGUUUGAUUGUUCUGAGAACCGCCUCGCUGCUCUUAAUAAUCAGUGUCUGCUUCUCUAUCAGUGUUUCAGGUGCUCACCAGAACCCUACAAGGCUCUUAGCGACGUACAUGUAUAUAUACUUUACCUACCUACAGUAUAUAUAGGUCAUAACUCAGUUAUUACCCAAUAAUACUAUAAAUUGUGCCUUCCUGUAUUAUACUUAUGCUAAAAUCUUUAUUGUAUUCUACUGCCAUUUACUUUAUGUUCGUAUUCUUAUUUUAGUGCUAUUUCUUAUUGUUGUUGCAUUGUUGAGAAGGAACCUGUAAGUAGGCAUUUUGUUCGAUGAUAUACAGUAUAAGGGAACUAACAAGACUGCCCUGUUAGAGCUCCUAAUCGACAGGUGUAUUUGGUGCAUUGAGUUGGGUGGAAGCUCUCCAGCACUCUAAUAAUAAACAAUGAUUCAAUUAAAAUUGACUUUGAGUGUCCCGUGGUAAGAUUUUACAUAAGUGGCAGCAUCAUGCUGUGUGGAUGUAUUUCAGAGGCAGUGACUGGGAGACUUGUGAGGAUUGAGGGAAAGAUGAAUGGUGCAAAGUACAGAGAGGUCCUUGAUGAAAACCUGCUCCAGAGCACUCGGGACCUGGGGCAAAGGUUCACCUUCC